AUGUACAGAGUCAAGCACCCGGAAGGCAGGGCUUCCUGGGGCUGCAGUGCCGUCUCGACUACUUGUAGUGCUGCUUUGACUACACCCACUAUCACAGAGACAGAUACGAAUUUUGUGUUGGGGAAUGCCCAGAUAGUGGACUGGCCCGUUGUGUAUAGCAAUGAUGGAUUUUGCAAGCUGUCUGGCUACCACAGGGCAGAAGUGAUGCAGAAAAGCAGCACCUGCAGUUUUAUGUAUGGGGAGCUGACCGAUAAAGACACAAUUGAAAAGGUGCGGCAAACUUUUGAGAACUAUGAGAUGAAUUCCUUUGAAAUUCUGAUGUACAAGAAGAACAGGACACCUGUGUGGUUCUUUGUGAAAAUUGCUCCGAUUCGAAAUGAACAGGAUAAAGUGGUUUUAUUUCUCUGCACUUUCAGUGACAUAACUGCUUUCAAACAGCCAAUUGAGGAUGAUUCAUGUAAAGGCUGGGGAAAGUUUGCGCGGCUGACCAGAGCACUGACGAGCAGCAGGGGCGUGUUGCAGCAGUUGGCUCCCAGUGUACAGAAGGGCGAGAACGUCCACAAGCACUCCCGCCUGGCAGAGGUCCUGCAGCUGGGCUCAGACAUCCUUCCCCAGUACAAGCAAGAGGCACCCAAGACUCCCCCUCACAUCAUCUUGCACUAUUGUGUGUUUAAGACCACGUGGGACUGGAUCAUCUUGAUCUUGACUUUCUACACAGCCAUCUUGGUCCCUUACAACGUCUCUUUUAAAACCAGACAGAACAACGUGGCCUGGCUGGUUGUGGACAGCAUCGUGGAUGUCAUCUUUUUGGUGGACAUUGUGCUGAAUUUUCAUACCACCUUUGUUGGACCAGCAGGGGAGGUGAUUUCUGACCCCAAACUUAUCCGCAUGAACUACCUGAAGACGUGGUUUGUGAUUGACCUUCUGUCCUGUUUGCCAUAUGACGUCAUCAACGCUUUUGAGAACGUGGAUGAGGGCAUCAGCAGCCUGUUCAGCUCUCUGAAAGUUGUCCGGUUGCUCCGUCUGGGGCGAGUGGCCCGUAAGCUGGACCACUACAUUGAAUAUGGAGCUGCCGUGCUGGUCCUGCUGGUCUGUGUGUUCGGGUUGGCUGCACACUGGAUGGCCUGCAUCUGGUACAGCAUCGGGGACUAUGAGAUCUUCGAUGAGGACACCAAGACGAUCCGCAACAACAGCUGGCUGUACCAGCUGGCGGUGGACAUUGGCACUCCUUACCAGUUCAAUGGGUCUGGCUCAGGCAAGUGGGAAGGAGGUCCCAGCAAGAACUCUGUCUACAUCUCCUCGCUGUAUUUUACCAUGACCAGCCUCACCAGCGUGGGCUUUGGGAACAUUGCCCCAUCCACGGACAUCGAGAAGAUCUUCGCGGUUGCUAUCAUGAUGAUUGGCUCACUUCUCUACGCCACCAUCUUCGGGAACGUGACGACCAUUUUCCAGCAGAUGUAUGCCAACACCAACAGGUACCAUGAGAUGCUGAACAGUGUCCGGGACUUUCUGAAGCUCUACCAGGUACCCAAAGGCCUGAGUGAGCGAGUCAUGGACUACAUCGUGUCCACCUGGUCUAUGUCCAGGGGCAUCGACACAGAGAAGGUUCUGCAGAUCUGUCCCAAGGACAUGAGAGCCGACAUCUGCGUGCACCUGAACCGCAAGGUGUUCAAGGAGCACCCGGCCUUCCGGCUGGCCAGUGACGGCUGCCUGCGUGCCCUGGCAAUGGAGUUCCAGACUGUGCACUGCGCCCCAGGGGACCUCAUCUACCACGCGGGGGAGAGUGUGGACAGCCUGUGCUUCGUGGUCUCGGGUUCCCUGGAGGUGAUCCAGGACGACGAGGUGGUGGCCAUCCUAGGGAAAGGUGAUGUGUUCGGAGAUGUGUUCUGGAAGGAAGCCACCCUUGCCCAGUCCUGUGCCAACGUUAGGGCCCUGACCUACUGUGACCUGCAUGUGAUCAAACGGGACGCCCUGCAGAAGGUGCUGGAGUUCUACACCGCCUUCUCCCACUCCUUCUCCCGGAACCUGAUUCUCACCUACAACCUGAGGAAGAGGAUCGUGUUCCGCAAGAUCAGCGACGUGAAGCGGGAGGAGGAAGAGCGCAGGAAGCGCAAGAACGAGGCGCCGCUCAUCCUGCCCCCGGAUCACCCGGUCAGGCGGCUGUUCCAGCGGUUCCGGCAGCAGAAGGAGGCCAGGCUGGCGGCAGAGAGGGACGGCGCCAAGCGCAGAGGCUGGGCGCGCUUCAAGGACGCCUGCGGGAAGGGGGAGGACUGGAGCAAGGUGUCCAAGGCCGAGUCCAUGGAGACGCUGCCCGAGAGGACCAAGGCGGCCGGCGAGGCGACGCUGAAGAAGACGGACUCCUGCGACAGCGGCAUCACCAAGAGCGACCUGCGCCUGGACAGCGCGGGCGAGGCCAGGAGCCCGCAGGACCGGAGCCCUGUCCUGGCGGAGGUCAAGCACUCGUUCUACCCCAUCCCUGAGCAGACGCUGCAGGCCACCGUCCUGGAGGUGAAGCUGGAGCUGAAGGAGGACAUCAAGGCCUUGCACGCCAAGAUGGCCGGCAUCGAGCAGCAGCUCUCGGAGAUCCUCAGGGUACUGACUGCCAGAAGAGCCUCUCAGUCUCCACAGGAGCUGUUCGAGAUAUCGGGGCCCCAGUCCCCAGACUCUGAGAGAGACAUUUUUGGAACGUGCUGAGGUUUCUUUUUAAAACAGUCACAGCCUGCACCCCGCCCCUGACCCCCCUGCCACACAUGCCCCAGCGAGGGACCAGUCACCCCUUCUCCGGCAAAGGCCUGUGCCGCGGGCGCUCUGCGACAGAGGUGGGACCGCUCCCCUGCCAGACUGCACUGCCCAUUCCAGGAGAAGGACGUGCUGUCUAAAGGGCGUUUUCCUUUAAGCUGUGUACUACCGUGAAAUUUAUAAAAGAUUAAAACUCCCAGAAAGAGCAGCCUCGGUUUGGGACCAGUGGGAGCGUGUGGAUGCCAUUCGGGGCUCCGUGCCGUGGCCCCGAGACACGGUGGGCAGCCACCUCAGCAUUCCGCACCCUGUACGGCUCACUGCCGCUUCAUCCAUUUCCCUACAGUGUCACUGGUAACAAGCUCCGGACCGGGAAGCCAAACAGCCACUCACCAGACGCAGUGAGCACCCUCAGGUCUGCCCAGAGCAGCAAGGCCAGGGGACCCUGGAACGGGCUUGACUUCAGGAGCUGUCCGGGCCUGCGGGCUGCUUCUCCUGACACCACUCAGAGGCGCUGGGUGACCCUCCGCAUGAGGCCCUGCCCCACGCAAAGCCACUCUGCAUCUGUCUCUUCUGACCUCACCCCAAGUGUUUUCCUGGCAUUCCUCAGGGUACCGGCACCAGCAGGAAGGGCAGGAGCCCAGAAUUGCUUUAUGGACACACACACACCCCACCUCAAAAAAUGAUUGUAGCAGUGCCGUUUGUACUGAUUCUCACAGGGACUGCCCUUCAGAGAUUUGUUUUCCUACUGCACAGGGUCAUCAGAGGACACCUGGGAGCCAAGCUUGGCCUUGUUCCAGUGCCAGCCUCUCUACUUCCUGCUAAGAAAAGAUGGCAGGCUGUACUUGUAAAGUGCUCAGGAGCUGGAGUUUUCAAGCUGUCUCUGUAAGGAGAGAGACGGCUGAGAGCAAACCAUGGUCCGCGAUGAAGAUCUGAACUCAGAGCUGUGGUCCGAGAGCAGCCGCAUCCGGUGUCACAGUGCUCAGGAUGCUCACUGCCUUGGCACCAGGGCCCGCAGUCAGCCUUAAGAGAUGGACGCCGGCAACAGCAUGGCCUCAUUCAGCCUGUGGGCCUCUGCCUGGGUAGCACUGUGGUGACCGCAUCCCCAGCUGCUCUGCCUGGCAUCACUUUGCUGUAAAAAUUCCGAAUGCCAGUGUCCUUAGGAAACCUGAUAGACGGAGACCUGUCCUACCAAAGAUUGUCUUCCCAAAGGCCUCCUUCUGGGCCUCUCCACCCUUCCAAACCCUUGGCCCUCAGCGGCGAAGGGCGUGUGCAUGUACAGCUUUGCAGUGAGUCAGGAGGCCAGCGGCACCCAGGUGAUGUUCGAUGCAAUCCAGAUGGCAGCUCAUGAGGAAGUGUGACUUCCUGGUUGCAGAACAGGGAGAAGCCCCUCUGCGCCCUGGGCCCCGCAUAUUCGUUUGCCCUUUUAGCCGCUGGAUAGGUGAGGACCUGCUCCUCUGAGGCAGGGUGGGGCGCCUCAGAACCCCGAUGUCCAGCUGCAGGGGCGCCCUCCCUGGGACUUGAUGGUAGGCCCCGCUUAGCACCCGUCAGCCACCUCCCAGCUCUGCCGAGGAGUCGUCCGUUAGACAGCGCCUGCCUGCCUGGGUCUGAAGGGCAGAUGUUGGGCGCCUCAGGAGUCCAGCCUGGUUCUGGGGAGAGGAAGCUUCCGGAAAGCAUCCAGCCUGCUGUGCAGAUCUGUUCUUCUCAGGCUGCAGGGCCCAUAGCAUGAUUCCUGCAGGUGACAGUUAAGAGCUCCACAGAUGUGGCCGUAUCUGCUUUUAUUCUCCAUUUAAUGAUUUUAAGGAGUUUUUGCUAAAGUCAUUUUCUCUGAAAGAACCAGUUUUUAAAUGAGCCGAUCCUUUUUACUUCCCAUGACAUGUACCUGGGUGCCGGCUACUUCGUGCUGCCUACCUGCCCUUGCUGGGUACAACCCUGGGUACCUGGGCGAGGACAGCCUCCCCUGACCUCAGCCUCAGCCUCCCCUGACCUCAGCCCCUCAGCCACCCCUGACCUGCGCCUUGCAGUAGAAAUCCAAUGGCUGAAGAUAAGCCAGAGAAAACUACUGAGUAUUACACUGAGCACCUGGACUUUGGAAAAAUUCUGUGGAGAGCGAGACCUGUGAGAUUUUUGUUGUGUUUUGGAGAUAGGUUGCACCUUUUUCCAGUACGUGCUGCUUACUUGAUCUCCACUAAACUCCUUAUUUGAACGUGAUUCAAGCAAGGUCCAUUUUCCAACACACAUCCCAACAGGCUGAUGUGAAGGCCUAGGCAAAGGGCAAAACACCCCCGUCGCCCUGCGCCAUCAGCAGUGCUGAUCUUCCAAGUCGGCACCAGCCGCCUGUCUUGUCCAGGUUAGGCUGAAAGACUUCUGGGAGCUCCAGAUGGAGCAGACCCUUCCUUCCCCUGGUUGUACGUGCACUCUGGGACCUCUUUAGGAGCUCUGGUGGAGUACGAGCUGCUGCUGUCCACUGACGAACAGGUUGUACUAUGUUUGCAAUAAAGAUAUUUAGCCUUAAGCCUCUCGAUGGACUGGAGCUGAGGGAGCCACCCUGUCCCUGCCCUGCCUCGUGACUGCUGCGUUCAGAGGUGUGCCGUAGCUCCGGCAGCAUCCCUGUGCCGCUGAGUCUUUGUCAUGGCUUCCUGCACUGCCUUCUCACUUGCUUCUGUAAGAAUGACCUUCACCAGCUCCUGUGCCCUCCACCCGGUGGACACCUCACAGUCCUCUCAGCAUCGACUGCAAGCAUCAGAGAAAGUAGCGCUUUCUCACCAAAGGCGUUGGUGUUGAGAACUUUUACUUUCCAUACCCACAGUUCAAAAGAAUCGAUGUGAACUUACCUGCAGCUUAAGUUCGUUUCAAGGGAAACUUCAUUCUCAUGCGAGCGUGUCGGACUCUUCUGGCACCUCGAGAGCUGGACUUGAUACCUUGCGAGUCCCAGAGCUGGGGGGGGGGGCUCUGCUGCCACUCACCUUCCCUUAGAGCCUCUCUUCCCUUACCUGAGACUUUGGAGUCAUCCAGUGGACCCGUUAGCUGUUCAGUGACAAGUUCACAGCUCUUGUUUCAGGAGACAACUGCAUUUGCUUCAAGGAUGCGAUGUCCUAAUGAAUAUAUUCUCUUAACAUUCAGGCCCUGUCUCUGUGUGCACUCUGCAGACAGUCCAAGGCCAGCACUCCACAGCAAGGACACUUCUGCUCCUGAGCAGGUGGCAUUCUGGGCCGCCUCCGUGUAUUUACAGUCUUUCCAUUAAGUCCUGCCAGAUCCUUUACUGAGUUGUCCUUUUUCCUUCACGUCUGUCACUCUGCCCGAAUGAGCAUGAAAAACUGCAAAUGAGUCGGUAUUAUUUUUGUGGUCAGCAGAGGCUGCUGCCAGGAACUUUGCCUUAGGUCUGCGACUAGGGAUGUGAAGAGGACCCCGAGUGGCCCUCCACUGAAGAUGCUCCCUUCUCAACAUUUUUAAACAAGCACAAAUGAUAUUUGUAAAAGGAGAGUUUAUUUAUUGUGGUAAUAAACUAUUUUAUACAUGA